ACUAUCAAUGGUCUGAUUCAUGUGUUGGGCAAUCGCUUGGAUUACGACGAAUGGGUGCAUAAGUACGGCGCCCACGGCUGGGGUUACGCCGAUGUGUUGCCGUACUUUCGUAAACUGGAGAACAAUACCGACCACCGGUUGGUGGCCCAGAACCCCGGCUAUCACGGCACCACUGGCCCCAUAUCUAUAGUGUCGGAUCCCAAUCCGGCCCCACUAUUGGUCCGCUUUCAAAAGGUGUACAACGACUUAGGCUACGAGACCCUUGAUAUUAACGGUGCGAAACAGUUGGGCACAGCGUUCACUCAAAUGACUGUAAAGGAUGGGUACCGAUGCGGCACUGGUAAUGGCUAUCUGUCUCCCAACAAACACCCGUCUAAUCUCAAAGUCCUGACUCAGGCUUUUGUCACUCGAAUCCGUUUCGCACACAAAGACGGCGAGAUCUCCGCCACUGGCGUUGAGUUUAUCCGUCGCGACACCAAAUUUAAAGUCAACGCCAAUAUUGAAGUCAUUUUGAGCGCAGGUGUUUUCAAUUCGCCGCAAAUACUAAUGCUGUCUGGAGUGGGACCCAAAUCGCAUCUCCAAUCGCAUGGCAUACCGGUUGUGAAAGACCUGCCGGUGGGCAACAAUCUUCAGGAUCACCCGAAAGUGGUGUUCCAGACAGUGAUCAAAGACCAAGACGCUCAGCCCAGAGACCCGGAGCUCGUUAUACCCCAACUGUACGAGUUUGCGUCCAAACGCCGGGGCCCACUCGCCAGUUACUCGUGUCUCUACACUUUUUUCAACACCAAAAGCAACGCGAUCACCCAAUGGCCCAACAUCGUGCUAGCUGAUUUUGUUCAGAAAAUGAAAAACAAUUUGACCGAGAUCUGUGCCAAGUAUGGCGAACGCAUGGAUGAGUGGAAACAAUACUAUCGGCCAUAUCUGGGAAAGUAUUACCUGCGCACAGACGCCAACCUCCGUAAGCCCCGGAGCUUCGGUACCGUACGGCUGGCGUCGGCCGAUCCCUUCGCAAAACCACUUAUCGAUCCCAACUUUUUUGACGUUCAGCAAGACUUUAACGAUUUGGUAGAGGCGGCUAAGUUCACCCUAUACUUGUUACAGGAGUCACCCAUAGCCAAGUACAUCGAGUUCAAUCACAAUCCCAUACCCGGAUGCUCUCUUUGUCCCGACCGGCCGAUGUACGCGUGCGACUCAUAUGUCCGCUGCUAUAUUAGACUUAAUGGUGAGAAAGAGUUGCAUCCGGUGGGCACUUGUCGUAUGGGCGCCGUUGAGAGGCCCGAUGUGGUGGUCGACCCCACGCUGAAGGUGAAGGGCGUGUGUCGGCUCCGGGUGUGCGACGCCUCCGUUAUGCCCACCGUUAUGAACGGCAACUCCAAUACACCCUCUAUUAUGGUCGGCGAGAAGUGCGCGGAUCUCAUCAAAAAGGACUUGUAUUCAAAGAAAGUCAUGUCUUCUGGUGAUGACGACCUCAAGACACCGCUCAAGCGUUUAGAUAUGAACUUCAAAAAGCAUGUGUUUGUUACAGAUCUGCCCGCACUGGCCAUCCCUUUAUGGAAAGAUAUACCACUGUUUGAUUGGGAUUACAAGACAGUGCCCCAAAAGUACGGACUGGCAUUAAAGGAGCCUGGUGUGUUUGGCGAACGCCGUGGUAAGGUUAUUGGUGGCACUUCCACUAUCAAUGGUCUGAUUCAUGUGUUGGGCAAUCGCUUGGAUUACGACGAAUGGGUGCAUAAGUACGGCGCCCACGGCUGGGGUUACGCCGAUGUGUUGCCGUACUUUCGUAAACUGGAGAACAACACCGACCACCGGUUGGUGGCCCAGAACCCCGGCUAUCACGGCACCACUGGUCCCAUAUCUAUAGUGUCGGACCCCAAUCCGGCCCCACUAUUGGUCCGCUUUCAAAAGGUGUACAACGACUUGGGCUACGAGACGCUUGAUAUUAACGGUGCGAAACAGUUGGGCACAGCAUUCACGCAAAUGACUGUUAAGGAUGGGUAUCGAUGCGGCACUGGUAAUGGCUAUCUGUCUCCGAACAAACACCCGUCUAAUCUCAAAGUCCUGACUCAGGCUUUUGUCACGAGAAUACGUUUCGCACACAAAGACGGCGAGAUCUCCGCCACUGGCGUUGAGUUUAUCCGUCGCGACACCAAAUUUAAAGUGAACGCCAAUAUUGAAGUCAUUUUGAGCGCAGGUGUUUUCAAUUCGCCGCAAAUACUAAUGCUGUCAGGAGUGGGACCCAAAUCGCAUCUCCAAUCGCAUGGCAUACCGGUUGUGAAAGACCUGCCGGUGGGCAACAAUCUUCAGGAUCACCCGAAAGUGGUCUUCCAGACAGUGAUCAAAGACCAAGACGCUCAGCCCCGAGACCCGGAGCUCGUUAUACCCCAACUGUACGAGUUUGCGUCCAAACGCCGGGGCCCACUCGCCAGUUACUCGUGUCUCUACACUUUUUUCAACACCAAAAGCAACGCCAUCACCCAAUGGCCUAACAUCGUGCUAGCUGAUUUUGUUCAGAAAAUGAAAAACAAUUUGACCGAGAUCUGUGCCAAGUAUGGCGAACGCAUGGAUGAGUGGAAACAAUACUAUCGGCCAUAUCUGGGAAAGUAUUACUUGCGCACAGACGCCAACCUCCGUAAGCCCCGGAGCUUCGGUACCGUACGGCUGGCGUCGGCCGAUCCCUUCGCAAAGCCACUUAUCGAUCCCAACUUUUUUGACGUCCAGCAAGACUUUAACGAUUUGGUAGAGGCGGCUAAGUUCACCCUAUACUUGUUGCAGGAGUCACCCAUAGCCAAGUACAUCGAGUUCAAUCACAAUCCCAUACCCGGUUGCUCUCUUUGUCCCGACCGGCCGAUGUACGCGUGCGACUCAUAUGUCCGCUGCUAUAUUAGACUUAAUGGCGAGAAAGAGUUGCAUCCGGUCGGCACUUGUCGUAUGGGCGCCGUUGAGAGGCCCGAUGUGGUGGUCGACCCGACGUUGAAGGUGAAGGGCGUGUGUCGGCUCCGGGUGUGCGACGCCUCCGUUAUGCCCACUGUUAUGAACGGCAACUCCAAUACACCCUCUAUUAUGGUCGGCGAGAAGUGCGCGGAUCUCAUCAAAAAGGACUUGUAUUCAAAGAAAGUCAUGUCUUCUGGUGAUGACGACCUUAAGACACCGCUCAAGCGUUUAGUCUUUUGA